CUCACCACCACCACCUCUUCCGCCUCCUCGUCGCGAGAGCCAUGGCGGCACCUACCCUGAAGACCCUGACCACGCCUGAGCUCUACCGCCUUCUCGAACCCAUCACGCUACCCGCCUCUUCGCCGAAAGCCAAAUUCAUCAACUGGGGCCUCAGCUACGAGUGCACUCCGCUCGCCGUCUUCGAGCCAGAGACCCCGGAGCAGUGUGCGGCGGCGCUCGAGCUCGCACGGCGCGAGGGCCACACCCUCCGCGCAGCAGGCGUAGGGCAUAGUCCGAGCGAUCUCGCAUGCACGUCGGGCUUCAUGCUAAGAACGGAACGGCUCGCCCGCAUCACCGAGAUCAACACGGAGAAACAGUAUGUCGUCGCGCAGGCCGGUGUGACCCUCAGUGCGCUGCAUGCCGAGCUCGCAAAGCAUGGCCUCGCCAUGAUCAACCUCGGCAGCAUCUCCGACCAGACCCUCGCCGGCGUCGUCACCACCGCGACCCACGGCACCGGCAUCCACUUCAAGGUCAUCUCGACACACGUCCUCGCCCUCACCCUCCUCCUCGCCGACGGCAGCAUCGUCCGCUGCUCCCGCGCAGAGCGCCCCGAGCUCUUCACCGCGUCGCUCUGCGGGCUCGGGGCAACGGGGCUUAUGCUCGAUGUCACGCUCGAAGUCGGGCCCGCGUUCCGCCUCAAAGAGACCCAGGAGAGCGUCCCGUUCGGUAACGUCGUCCAGAACAUCAACAUGAUUGCGAACAGCGCAGAGCACGUCCGGCUAUGGUGGUUCCCGCAGGCGGAUAUCGUGCGCGUCAGCUCUGCAAAUAGGACCGAUGAGCCGCGGAAUCCCGGGGGCAGCUUCUUGUGGCAUUCGCUUGUCGGGUACCACCUCAUCCAGUUCCUGUUCUUUAUUGGUAUCUAUCUUCCGUUCGUGAAUCCCUGGAUUUGCUGCCUUAGCGCGUGGCUUGAUCGCGAGACCACGGUCACGGUCGAUGACAGCUGGAAAGUGUUCAAUCUCGACUGUAAGUACCCCCAGUUCACGACCGAAUGGGCGAUUCCAUAUGAGAAUACGCAGGCGUGUCUUCGCGAGCUGCACGACUGGCUUAAACAAGAAGAUCACGACCCACAUGGCUUGCGCCCGCAUUUCCCCUUGGAGAUACGUUUCUCCGACGCGGAUGACAUCUGGCUGAGCCCGAGCCAUGGUCAGCGCACAACUUGGAUUGGGAUUAUACAGUACAAACCAUACGGCCUCAACGUUCCUUACCGCGCCCUCUUUGCGCGCUUCGAAGCUAUCCUCAUUCGCCACAGCGGUCGUCCACAUUGGGCAAAGUCACACCCCCUUCGUGCUUCAGAGCUCCGUGCCCUGUAUCCCCGGUUCGACGACUUUGUGCGCGUGCUUCAGGAGGUAGACUCGGAAGGCGUGUGGCGGAAUGAAUACGUCGAGCGGCAUCUGUUCGACAAAGAGAUCGACGGGAGAGCGUUCAAGAGGCGGAAGUGAACGACGAUGACGAUGCACCGUGGAAAGCACGCGGAGGGAGACAGAAAGGGAACAAAUAUCCAAAAGCUAAUAGACCUGAACGGUUGAUCUUGCACGGGCUGCAUCGAUUUUUAUCGCGUAUUAUUUGUACUACUUUAAUGUUCUUCAUAGUGACCCAUACACUUUGUUGUAAUGGCUAUAUAGCUCGUAUCUUCAACC